ACUUCCACACUGGCAGUUCAUCCUAAUCUUUACUGUCGUCCUCCUACAGACUGGAUAGCAAUCUUCGCUUUCAAAUCUAAAACGCGAAGUACAAUCAAAAGCCUUUAUUCACACUCUUUUAUUCUUCACACUCGGAAUUUUCGUAAUAUGGCACCUCUCCCUAAGCAUAAUUAUGAGUAUGAUCUCGUGGUGAUCGGUGGAGGUUCAGGUGGAUUAGGUUGUGCAAGAAGAGCGGCUCAGUAUGGUGCAAAGGUAGCGAUUAUUGAACGAACUCCUGUUUUAGGUGGGACCUGUGUCAACGUCGGUUGUGUACCAAAGAAAGUAAUGUGGCAUGCAGCUGAUGUUAGGGAAAAGUUAAAAGCUGCAACUCAUUACGGAAUGAAAGUAGAAAACAUUCCAGAGUUCGAUUGGUCAGAAAUGAAGAAAAAACGUGAUGCUUAUAUCGAAAGAUUAAAUGGAAUAUAUGAAAAGAAUUUAAAGAAUGAUGGAGUAGAAUAUCUUACUGGUCAUGCACGUUUUAUUGAUUCACAUCAACUUGAGAUUUCUAAAGGAAUUCAAUCUACUCAUGCUCAUUCUCAAGCUGAUCCGACUACCAAAGUCACUGCUCCUGAUGGUAUUAAAACUAUCACGGCUGAAAGGAUCGUGAUCGCUAUUGGAGGUCGACCUGUGUUACCUGACAUUCCGGGAUCUGAUCUUGCGAUAGAUUCCGAUGGAUUUUUUGUUCUCGAAUCUCUUCCAAAACGCGUAGCAGUGGUCGGCGCUGGUUAUAUUGCUGUCGAAUUAGCUGGGAUCUUUCAUACACUCGGUGCUGAAACUCAUUUAUUGAUUCGACACGAGAAACCACUUAGAUCAUUUGAUCCGAUCAUUCAAGAUACUUUGCAUAAACAUAUGGAACAUACUGGAAUCAGAAUUCAUCCAAAUUCAAAUGUUUCUAAAAUCACUACCUCUGAGAAGGGUCCCUUUGAUCUCACUAAACCUUUCGAGAAAGUGGUUGAAACGAAGGAGGGCGAAAGGAUUACAGUAGAUUGUGUUCUCUUUGCUAUUGGACGUAAACCUCUUACAGAUUUAAUCGACUGUGACAAGGCAGAUGUAAAGUUGGAUAAGAAGGGUGAUGUGAUUGUAGAUGAGUAUCAAAAGACGAAUGUGGAUCAUAUCUUUGCGAUCGGAGACGUUCAAGGUAAAGCUCUUCUUACGCCUGUGGCAAUUGCUGCAGGAAGAAGAUUGAGCAACAGGUUAUAUGGUGGCGUGAAAGAUGACAAGAUCAGCUAUGACAAUAUUGCUACUGUCGUCUUCUCACAUCCUCCUUGCGGGACAGUAGGUUUGACUGAAGAUGAAGCCAAGGAAAAGUAUGGAGAAGAAUCGAUCAAGACUUAUACAUCUAAAUUCACUGCUAUGUAUUAUGCUAUGAUGCCAGCAGAUGAAAAGGAACCGACAGCGAUGAAAUUGGUCUGUUCUGGUCCUGAAGAGAAAGUGGUAGGGAUUCAUAUGAUUGGAAUGGGUAGUGAUGAGAUCACUCAAGGGUUUGCUGUGGCGAUUAAGAUGGGCGCAACUAAGAAAGAUUUAGAUGAUACGAUUGCUAUUCAUCCUACUAGUGCUGAAGAGCUUGUGACGAUGAGAUAGGUACAGAUUCACCUUGAUCUUAUGAAGGACUUUGAUGCUCAAUCAAUGGGUUCAUCAAUAGAUUGGGUCUGUUAUCAAACUCUCAGGACUAUCAUUUUCAUUGGAUAUCUCUGAAGACUUUAUUUUUUUGUGUUUUGCUGAUGAUUUCAAUUAUGUACUUGAGGAAUGCGAAAAAUGUGUUACUAUAAAAAAAGCAAAAAAAAAGCAUCUGAUUCAAGAUUUCUUUUGUCUUUUUUGGAUUUCAUGCUGAUCAAACAAUUGUAGUUUUUGUAAAAUUUGACUGGAAAGAUUCUUGCAAAAAUAUAUACAUACAGCUAUUCAAGAGAUC